UUGGGAACCUCCCAAGUGGAGGUGGAUCGUUUUGUGAGUGGUUGCAGGGGGCAAGGGGUCACCCUGAGAUGCGUCUACACGGGGUCACAGACGCCUGGGAGUAUAACCUGGUGGCAUGUAAACGAAGACUCUUUAAUGAGAAUCGCCAUUGCCCUUCCAGGUGAUUACAGAAUUGACAAUGACACAGACUUCUAUGGGCGACUGAACUUCACGAACCUCAACUCUACACUGACGGACGGAUCCAUCCGCAUUGAAGACCUGCGACUGAAGGACGAGGGAAUCUUCACCUGCGGCUUUGACACUCUUGAUAACGAAACUCAAGCAACAAUCAGCCUGACUGUGAACGGAACCUCCCAAGUGGAGGCGGAUCGGUUUGUGACUAGGAACAGGGGGCAAGAGGUCACCCUGAGAUGCGUCUACACGGGGUCACAGACGCCCUUGAAUAUAACCUGGCAGAAAGUAAACGUUAACUCCUCGGUGGAAAUCGCCAUGGCCUCUCUCAGUGGUUACAACAUUUUCAAUGACACCGACCUCUAUGGGCGCCUGAACUUCACGAACCUCGAUUCUUCACUGACGGACGGAUCCAUCCGCAUUGAAGACCUGCAUUUGAGCGACGAGGGAAACUUCACCUGCAGUUUUUCCACUUUUGAUGACGAAGCUCAAGCAACAAUCAGCCUGACUGUGAACGUUCCCCCGAAGGUCUUCCUGGAGUUGAGCCCAUUCCAGUUGGUCGAGGGCAUGGGGCUGGUGACCGUGGCCACGUACGUCGCUCUGGGAGGAAAGCCCGCAGCCUCCAUCACCUGGAGUGGCCUCGAUCAAGGCAGCUCCAACGAGACCACAGAGACGGAGCCCGACGGCACGGUGACGGUGAUGAGUCGCUACUGGCUGGAGCCCACGUACGAGAGCCACGGGAUGAUACUCAUCUGCAGGGUGGAGCACCCGGCCUUGGAGCGUCCUGUGGAGCACUCCAACAUGCUUGACGUUCACUACAAACCCAGAGUGAGCAUCGCCGGCUACCAUGGCGAUUGGUACGUGGGGAAGGAAGGAGCCUCGUUGAGUUGCGAAGCGGACACGAACCCCAGCAUCACGCACUACCUGUGGCGCAGGCAAGACGGCUCCAUGCCCAACGAGAUAGUUGUGAGCGGCAACUCACUGUCCUUUGAGCGGCCGCUAGUGGAGUCAGACUCUGGGUCGUUCUCCUGCUGGGCCAAUAACUCGGUGGGCUGGGGCGAGGCGGUGGUUAUCAUUACCAUUCAGCCAGGUACAACCACCGCUGCUAUAACAACAACUACAGCCACUACGCCUGUGGCAACCCCAACAAUACCAGGUGGUGGUGGUGAAGGUGGCGUUGAGCCCUGGGUUAUAGCUGUUGCCACCGUAGUGCCACUGAUAGCAUUAGUGGCAGCGGUGGGAGCCAUUUACUACUUCUGCUUCCACAAGAACAGGAAACCUCUUAAGCGAAAGGAUGAUGGUGAAAAUGAUCAGCAAAGAGCUCCAGUUGAAAUGCCAGCAUCAGGAUUCAAGCAGCAACACAAAGAGCAUGCGUACGAAUACAUCGACAAGCUGCCACCCGGCAGUGCGGUGUUAGAACGGCCACCCCUUGGCAGUGCCACAGCAAUGCCUGUAUAUGACGCUGUGCCUGAACAACUCUCUUCUUGGAACCCCACGCAACAUCUGGAUGAGAGAAUAAUGAAUUCUACUGAAACGAGGCCACGAAACGAAGAGGCCAGUAGUUACUACGACAGGCCACGAAGUGAAGAGGCCAGCAGUUACUACGACGUGCCACGAAAUGACGGGGCCAGUAGUCUCUACGAGCUUCUGAAGCUGCCUGCGGAGAACGCCUAUGACAAAUUAAGCCACCCCACGCACACGAAAGCCUGAAACUGACCACCUCGGAACCACACGCGCGCGCUUACAAUGACGGCACGCAGCACUCGCAUGGAAUUCAAAACUCAAGAGCACGGGGUUCAAUCAGAGGUUACUGUGAGGGUUGCUAAUGUUUUAUUUGGGAGAGAGAAGGGUUCGGAUCCAUUUAUCUCCCAUGCAAUUUCCUCAAUAUUUUGUAUAGGGCACCAAUGCGGAUUUUUUUUUUCAAACGUUCUUUAACGGUAACGGAAAGAAGUACAAUAACUGGAUCCAGAAUACAAUGAAUCUUUACAAGAUUUGGAAUGUAUUAAUGAUGCCUUGAUUCGUUAUUGACACACUAUGCACAAGGACGUGACCCAAGUGUGGCGGAUAACAAUUUCUUGACAACCAAGCACAGCCAACUCUUGAAAACUCUCGGCAACAGUGACAGCAGCACACAUUUGUGUAACCUCGUAGUUCACCAGCUUAACACAUUGGCCAGACGUGUCGACAAUUACAAAAUACCGCGGCGACAAAACAGGUGAAGGACACCGCGACGACUAUUCACAUCAACCACGAGACACAGUCCACUCGAGGCAAUGCAGCACAAGCCCAGGGUACAUAACGGCAAUCUCAGGGCUUGGUCGGCGCUAUCAACAACGCUCUGUGCAACUCAACGCUGCGGCAUUCCCGGGAAUUGGUCGGCGCUCUCAACAACGCUCUGAGCAACUCAACGCUGCGGCAUUCCCGGGAAUUGGUCGGCGCUCUCAACAACGCUCUGAGCAACUCAACGCAGCGGCAUUCCCGGGAAAUGGUUGACGCUCUCAACAACGCUCUGAGCAACUCAACGCAGCGGCAUUCCUGGGAAUUGGUCGGCGCUAUCAACAACGCUCUGAGCAACUCAACGCAAUGACAUUCCUGGGAAUUGGUUAGCGCUCUCAACAAUGCUCUGAGCAACUCAACGCAAUGACAUUCCCGGGAAUUGGUCCGCGCUAUCAACAACGCUCUGAGCAACUCAACGCAAUGACAUUCCUGGGAAUUGGUCGACGCUCUCAACACUGCUCUGAGCAACUCAACGCAGCGGUAUUCCCGAUAGUUGGUCGGUGCUCUCAACAACGCUCUGAGCAACUCAACGCAGCGGCAGUCUCAGUCACUGACUCGCCCCCGCACGUCAGCAUCGUACACAGCGACUCUGCGACGCGCCAGUAAGCCACGGGCACCGGCUUAGCCUCGUAACAGCAGCAACGCUCGCGACGACCCAACCGCAACAACAAUCCCGGUCACAUGCCGCCCGCACGACAGCAACGCCCCACAGCAGCCAGCCCCCCCGCCCGGCCCCCCCCCCGUGGGAGCCCCUUGACCGCGGUGAAUGCCGACCGGUCCCGGUGAACGCCAAACACACCGCCGCUUAAUUUAGUCCACAAACUUUGUCCCGCCUUCGCAGCCUCUGUCAAUGAACUUGGCUCGUCCAGCGCCCCAUAACUCAAUUUAUAUCCAUAAUGGAGGUUUUUUUUUUGGGGUUAGAUCGCGUAAGUAUAGAAAUGUGUCGUUAAAACCCGCCACCACCCGACACAGCCAACUAGUAAGGGUUGUCGCGUAAACAGAACGUGGGCAAUUCGUCACUAGUACAGCACUAGUGUAUAGUAUAGUGUAUAGUAGUGUAGUGUAUAGUGUAGUAUACUAGUACAGCACACCGGUGUGCUGGAGAGUCAAGCCACAACAUUGACAAUCAUGUAUAAUGUACGUAUAUCGUUCACACAGCAACGCAUACAUUUAUUUCUACGCAUUUAAAAAGCUUCCCUUUACUUGAAACGUUUCUGCAUAUUUCUUGAAAUUAAAUGUUUGCUGUCUACCUAGCAGAAGGUUGAACGAUGUUAUAUACUGAACAUAUUUUUAAAUGUCCUCAUGUGUGCAACCCAGUUAUGUGUGCAGUUUAGUUGUGUGUGUAGGUAAAAAAAACACUUAGGGGCCGUCCAUAAAUGACAUCACGCGAUUUUGGACGAUUUUUUACACCCCCCCCCCCCCCAGUCACACGACGUCACAAAAAGUCAGACCCCCCCCCUCAAAUAUGACGUCACAAAGCUCUGCCCCCGCCCCCCCCAAAAAAAUAAAACACGCUUCAAAUCGCAUUAAACUAUUGUCAUUGUAGUGCGUAUUUAAUGUGGCACUGCACUCUGAUGUAGGAGAACAUGUAUUAAAAGUAUAUUUAAUUAAGGAGAACGUGUUUAUAUUUAUUUAAAGUUGCGCAUUUUGAUGUGACGUCACAUUCAUCAACCCCCCCCCCUCCCUCGUCACACAUCGUCACAAAUGUCUGACACACCG